UUAUUUGGUUUUAAAAAAUGACAAGAUAAUGUUAAUAAAUCCAUUUGGAAACCUAUCCAGUGUUUUUCCUUCUUUUAUAUACAUGGAUUAAACUUCAAUAGUGGGUAUGUAAUUUAGAGAGUGGGACAUGCAAGAGAAAUGGCAACAGGAUAUGAAGAUACUUACAGAGAUUUGCACCAGCCAGCUGUUGUUAUUGGAGGAUGUUUUGCAAUUGUAGCAGUGCUGCUUUCUAUCUAUCUCAUUUUCCAGCAUCUUAAAUCUUACACUAAUCCUGCGGAACAAAAGUGGAUUGUUGCAGUUAUUUUCAUGGUUCCUGUCUAUGCAACACAAUCAAUUUUAUCAUUAUGGAACCCAAGAAUGUCUGUUGCUUGUGACAUUUUAAGAAAUUGCUAUGAAGCAUUUGCUUUGUACUCAUUUGGUAGCUACUUGGUUGCUUGUUUGGGUGGGGAAAGGAGUGUAAUAGAACUUCUUGAAAAUGAAUCGCGAGGGCAGCUCGGCAUAACAUUGUUGGAGCGGAGGAGUGGGAAUCAAGCUGUACAAAGUAGAUCUUUUAUCAGCUUUUUCUCCAGGCCAUAUGCUAUAGGAAGGGACUUGCUUACAAUAGAGCGAUUUGGUCUUGUACAGUAUAUGAUUCUGAAGACAUUUUGUGCAUUUUUAGCAUUAUUGUUGGAGCUCUUUGGGGUUUUCGGUGAUGGGGAAUUCAAGUUGCACUACGGGUAUCCAUACAUAGCAGUGGUACUCAACUUCAGCCAGAUGUGGGCACUAUAUUGCCUCGUGCAGUUCUACAAUGUAACGCACGAACGACUAAAACCAAUAAAGCCACUGGCAAAGUUCAUCAGCUUCAAGGCUAUUGUGUUUGCCACCUGGUGGCAAGGCCUGGGUAUUGCUCUCCUUUGGGCCGUUGGAGUUCUGCCAAACGUUAAAAAACUCCGAACAGGGUUGCAAGACUUUUUUAUUUGCAUAGAAAUGGCAAUUGCAGCUGUGGCUCAUAUAUAUGUAUUUUCAGCGGAACCGUAUCGUUUUAUUCCUGUUUCUGGGUAUGGAAGGGUAACCACUGAGACAACCAAAGCAGAGAUGAAGUUUGGGGGAGGUGACCAGGAGAAAUCAGCUGUGUUUGAAAAGAGAGAAACUCAGGUUGCUGCUCCUGGAACAAGUGUGUCUGAGAGUGUUCAAGACAUAGUUCUUGAAGGCGGUCAAAGCGUUGUCAAAGAUGUUGUGUUGACCAUAAACCAAGCGAUAGGACCUGUAGAGAAGGGUGUUACCAAGAUCCAGGAAAAAAUUCACCAGAGAUUUGUGGGUUCAAAAGACAAGGAAGCAUCGGAAUUACAAGUGGAAGAAUGUGUAGAAGAAAACCUUACUGGAGAACAAAAUAUAAAAUAACAGUACUUUAUUAUU